UGUAACUAUCAAUUUGAAGUGAUUUUCAGUUGUACUGCCGUUACAGGAAGACACGCGAAUUUGGAGAGUUGUAUUGAGCCAUAACGAAAUGUCGGAUUUCAAGCAACAGUAUAAGAAUCCGCGUCCAGGUUUUGGCCACACGGAUCAUAAUAGGAUUCUACGCGCUUAUAAGCAUGUAGAAUCUCGUAGGGAAGUCAGAACACGAGCAUUCGACAACAACCGUAGACUACAAGAUGUCUCGGUACCCGCCAGCCCGUUCUCCACAGAGGCUACAUCUAUUACGGAUACACGUAUGAAAAAAUUGAUGAAAUGGAAGGAAGAACGCAAGAAGAAAAAGAAGCUGGAAAAUACUACGAAAAAACCUGCAUUUAAAGUUGGUAUUGUUCAUCACUCUCUAUGUUCUCCUGUGAUUCGGAGCAAUGCAUCAACUGCAGUUGCGAAAACACCUAAGCAAGCAACACGAUUAAAUAAUGUUCAAAAACGAAUUACAAAGGCUACAGAGAAGCGAUUAUUAGCUAAAGCAGCAUCUGCUGCUAAGCAAUCAACUGCUACUACAAAGAAUGCUUCAACGUCAACAAAAUAUCCUAUGAAUAUCAAAAAGCCAACAUCUAAUACUAAAAAUAAAAAAUCAUUUGCCCCUGCUAAUCACGAAUUUAGACCUCCAUCUGGAUUGCAUAACAUGCCUCUAUUUGGUCUUGUACCAAUAGAAGAAACUCCACAGGAGAAGGGAAAUUUCUUUAUACAAAACAAAUUAACAGAAUGCAAGACAGUUGAUAUAAGUGAACAGAAAGAUAUAUCAUCUCAAAAAUUAUAUGCAGAAAUCCCUGAUACCAGUGGUACUACAGUAAAGUUGAAAACUCCUGCAAGUCCAAAGUUAUUACCAAAUAAACAAAAAUCAUCACAAAGAUUAAAUGAAUCAAUUUGUAAUCUAAAUGAUGUUACAUAUGAAUUAAACAGAACUGCAACAAGGUCAUCAUUAAAAGAACAGACAAUACAAGACUCUUUUCAAGAUAAACCUUUAUCAGACAAUAUGCAAACACCAUCACAAAAGAGUACCCCAAGUGAUACAUCUUCUGCUAAAGAAAACUGUACUACGAAUGACCUCAUUCAAUUUUCGCCAUAUCUCACAUUAAGUCGUGGCAAGAAGAAUGCUAGAAAAGAACAACAGCAGCGGCUUGGCAUUGGUCGCUUAUCCCCUGAUGAAAUUCCAACCAAAGAUACUGUAAUGAAAAAUUUAAAUAUAUCUGUGGAAGAAGAAGUACGCACGGCACAGUACUUCAAAUUUCUAUUGAAUAAAGAAACUGAGAGACUUAGAGAACUUUGUAAAACAUGGUUGGACAUCAAAUUAGAAAAGGAUAUUCCAGAUGAUGUUAUGUAUGAAAUAAAUCAAGCAGUAGGACAGACAAAUUUACUAAUAAAUAAAAAGUUUGAAAGAUUUCGUGGUUUAGUAGAGGACUGCGAAAUUGGUAAAGGAGAAAAACUAGUUACAUGUAGAGAUUUGCAAGGAUUUUGGGAUAUGACAUACAUGGAAGUCAGAGAUUGUGACUCGCGAUUUGAGAAAUUAGAGCAACGUCGAAACAGAGGAUGGCUAGAGGAAGAAUGCAUUGUUGCCAAACCUGCUGCCAAAAAACGAAUGCCUAUUAAAAAACAACCUAUAUCAUCAAAGCCAAGUUCGCUACGAUCAUUAAUUGUGGCUGCCAGAAAAAAAAAGAUGGAAGUGAAAACAAGCAACUUGAUGCAAGAUACGAAUACAAAUAUAAAAUAUUUUACACCUUCCAAAAAUAGUAAAAGAUCUGCGAAUUUUGAUAAUACUAAUAUUCAAAGUAGUACAAAAAAAUCUAAGUCCCUUGGCAUUACUUACGAUCGCAAGUCGACUCCUGUUCGACAUGAAAGCUCUAGAACAAGCUUGUUACAAAAAGUGCAAUUUUCCGACGAUAAAAGAAUAAAGAGUCCACUUAUAGCUAUGAAAGUAAGUAAAAUGGGUAAAACACCAGAAGUUCAAUUAGAUGAUACAAUAUCAUAUAUUAAUUCUGGUCAAACGCCUGGUAAGAGUAUAUUAAAGAAAUCGGAAGAGUUAGUAGAUACAGAGAUCCGUGCAAAGUCUGCACAUAAAGUCAAUUUUGAUGAUCAGAUAGUAAUGAAUGAAGUCCCUCUUGAUGAAGAAACACAGACUAAAUUAAAUUUAUCUAUUGCUUUAAAUAAGAUAGACAGUCUCGAUUUGGAUGAAUUAAGCCCACAGGAGUGCAUUAAUGCUGAAAGAAAAUUAGAUUUUGAGACUGAGGAUUUUGACAAUUUUGAUGAUAUGAACGAGAUUUCGGCUGAAAUACACAGAUUUAAAAAAAAAUCAAAUGAAUCUAAAAUAUUUGAACAGAAUACUUUUGAUUCUAAUGCACAUUCAUUUAAUGAUACAACAUUCUCUAUAUCUGAUAAAGAAUCAUCGCCACGUGAUGCAAAAGUCAUAUCACCUAAGAAAAAAUUAAAACAUCGAAAUCAACAUAAAAAUGCGACAAAUAUACUUGUAAAUAUUUUACCUGCAACACCAUUAUUACAAACUAAAACAGAGACAUCUAUUAUCUCUGAUACAAUUUCAAAUACGACAGACAUGGAAAAUCAUGAUACAGAAAUAAGAAUACUUAGAAAUAGAACUAUCACAGCAAAUAAUACACCCAAAAACAAUAGAACAAGCGAAAUGAUAACUCUAAGGAGAAUUAGCAAAAAAGAAAAUAAGAGCCCUGUUAAGCCAAGUAGAAAAAGUUCGUUAAAAUUAUCGCAAAAGAAUGGAGAUAAUUACAUGAUACCAAAUAAAGGCAAUAUAACAGAGAUGGAACAUAUGAUAUUGACAGAGAAUAUUGAUAAGAGAAGAAGAUCAUCUCGUAAAAGCGUUGCAUUUAAUGAAGAAACAUGUUUAGUGUGUGCUGAAAGCAAACCAGUGUUACCUAUGACUCCUCAUGCAAAACGAAAUCGUAGCAAGACUCCCUCGAGACAAAGUCGAAGCAAACAUGUGCUUAAUGAGGAUCUUAUAUCAUGGGAUACACCAAAACAUCUUCCUAACAGAGUUACGAGAUCUCAACCAAAAAAUUAAUGUUUUUUAUUUCCAUUUAUACAUAUUUAUUAUAUGUUGUAUUUAAUAAGUAAACUGACAUAGCUAAAAAUUUUACAUAUAAUGACAUUCAUGUGUCAGCAAAAUGUAUGCAUAUAAAAUAAUGUACUAUAUAGUAGUCAAUUCUGUUAGUCUACUUAUUAUAAUUGAAAAAUAUUCAUUAUAAAAGAUAUUUCUUAACAUUUUUAUAAUUUUACAUCUGAUAUAAUUUUAUUAUUAGAAUGGCAUUUAUAUGUCUGUGUUUUUGUAGAAUUUUAGAUAUAGAUAUUUAGACAUAACAAUUGUAGGAUUAUUUCAUUAUAAAAUUAUUAAAUAAAAUAAAAAAAUAAUUAUAAGGUAUGAAAAUUAUUAACAUUAAAAAAGCAUUAACAUUAUAAUUGAUCAUUUCGCUUGUUUUAUUUGUUGGGCUAGCUACUUAUGAUACUAUAAGUAACGAGAUUUUUAUAAAAAUAUAAUUAUAUACAAAAUAUUUACAAUUUUGUUUUUAACAUGUGAAUAUUAUCAGCAUAUAAAUGAAUGAUCUAAAA